GGGGGUCUGUCGUAUCAAUUCCCACUCACAGAGGUCCUGAGGACUGGGAACAUCGCACAGCUAUUGUUUUCUUUACCUCUGACAUUGAUCUCGCUUCAGUAUCAUCUACCUUGUUAAGCCAUAAUGACAGGUCCGGAAAUCAUCCAAGAUCGCACUCAUUGCCAGCCGUUGCCCCGUUCCGCAUCGAACCCUAGGCCAAAAGGGAUAUUGAAGAAUGCAGGGCCGCAACUUUCAGCGACGCAGCAGCACAGCCUGCAGUGGGAUGAGGAGAAUUUGGCGUUGACUGAAGUUCAGAAGGACAGUCUCAUGAAGAUCACAGAGCCCAAGACCCCUUACGUACGAUAUAACGCAGAAACAGAUGAAAUUGAGGGUGAUAUCCCCAACCUGGAUCUCAGUGCGCGAUCACAUUCGCCAACUACUUAUUCUCAUUCUCAAUCGGAAUCGCCAACGAGUAUGGUAGCCUCUGGCCCUUCUUCUCGUCGGGCAUCGUUCUCGAGCGUAGGGAGGAAUUCUUCUGGGAGAUCGGCUAGUGUUGGGUCGAGUAGGAGCACAAGUUUCAACCUCCCAAAUGAAGCACGGGGGGAGAUCAGGUCCGUGAACGCUACACCAGAGGAGUGGGUCGAAGAAGAGGAAGAGAUGGAUGAAGAAACUGCUGCAAAGCAUGCAGCAUUCCUGAGGGCCAGAGGGAGACAUUACUCCAAUGAAGCUGAGGCAAUGAAGAAAGCUGCUCAGUUGAUGGAGGAGGAUUCGGAUUUGAACUCGGACUCGGAUGAAGACAAGGACGGGAGUAACGAUGCAGAGGGUUAUAACGGGAAUGCAAGUGCUAGGGCAGGACGUCGCGGGGAGAAACCCAAGGAGUCAGAAACAGCCGGACAGCCGGACAAAUACGGUUUUACGAACGGCAUUAAACAUGGCCACUGAAAUCUGCGUGUCGCUAUCGCGAGUGAUAGCGGAUAUAUCUAGGAAAUCUGUUCCUAAUUGUGUAGGUAUUCCAGUUGGGCCCACGCACUUCAUUUAACCCGUCUACUUAUCAUUACUCUGUGCUCAUGAACACGUAUGUACCGAUAAUCCAUUCAAAUAGUCGUUUG